AGGACAGGUGACAUACGGGGCACGCUCGCUCUUGCCCCGCUUUCGCGCAACACGAAGGAUUUGGCGACGUGAAUUUCCGCUCAGUUGUCCAGUCGGUAAGUUCCUGAGCUUGUAGUGCUUCGAGAGAUUCUUGCCUCAGGAGCCACAGGAACCACAGCUUCGCGCAGAUGGCACUGAUGAAUGAUAACAGCAAAAAGAUGGCGUCGGCACUGGCAACAGUCGACACGCCGUACAAAGAAGAAACUGCGACCGAGAAACUCAAGCGAAAGGCCAGAGAGUCCCCUUUCAUGGUCAUUGGUCUGACUGGUUGUGUCUUCGUCUGCACGUACGGGGCCUUUCUGUUCCGGAGGCGCAAGAAGCUCGACCCCUCCCUCUUCUUGAUGCAACUCCGUGUCAGUGCGCAGGGAACUGUGAUUGGAUGCUUGAUGGUUGGCGUCACCUACAAUCUCUUCCAGAGAAUUCUUAAUCGAGGCAGCAGCGACGGGGAUGACAAGGGCUCCUGAUGUUUCUUAGUUAUUUAGCUAUUAGCCAUCAUUAUUUAAAUUAAUAGUACUGGCUAUAAAAAUCUUACGUUAUGCACUUUGAAUGUGUGAUUGUGCUUAUCAGUUAGGUUCUUUUUCCACAUUUUUUCACGUCACUGAUGUCUGAAACUGCUGUAUCUGUGCCUUUGUUAACGUUUUGCCUUUAAGGUGCUGUUGCCGGUGUUGCAUUUAUGCAAAGAGAAAAAUCAAUUCAACAUACGUUAACGUUAUCUGAACUUCGCAUUAACGGCCUGUUCCAGUGUUAGAAGGCAUUUUCGUGAUUAAACACUGUUUUUCAGGCGCUAAAGUAUGCAUUCCUUAUCUUAACGCUCUUGUACGCCUUUAAAAAACAAAUACGUAAAAUUUACAAAUUUGCAGUCAGCGGUAUUUGACCAGAAAUAGGACUUUCAUAUGAAGUGCCAUGUUGAUACGUUAUUUGUUGGGCCUUCUCUACUCUGUGACUGGCAUAAAUAUCAGAAACUGUGUAUAGCUUUUGUUUUGGUUUAAUCUGCCUGAAAUAUAUGCUGCAAGAGAAAUACUGCCUGACGCUUUUGUUAGCUGUGUUGUACUUUGAAAUGUGAUGCAGCAAAGGUGGUGAUGUUAAUUUAUUUUUAUUUGUUUUUGCUUUUAGUAGGAAGCUACUUCAAUUUUUUUAGUUCUAUUUCGUGACCACAUCAUGCAUGCAAACAUGGAUACACUGCUCCCCUUUACACAGCGCAGGGCAUUUUAAACACUCUGUCCUGACUUCUCUCUUUUCUCCCUUUUGCAUUUUGUUAAUUUAUUAAUUCAAUCUAUAGCUGUUGCAGUGAUGCAGCUUGGCGGAAUGUAAGUUAAUGUUGCAGAUGUGAACUGCUAUGCAGUUUCAGGUGUGCUUAGCUUAGAGCUGUUUUAAGCCAAAUAAAAAGUGUAUUUUAUGACCUUACUGUUUUUCUUUAAAAAACAGGGCAAGUUGUUACACUUUCGUUGUUGUCCCAUGUUGUUAUAUUGGGAACUUCACUGCACAUAUAAACUACAAGAACUUGACAAAUUUUGAUCAGUGGAAACUCUGUGAAGCACAUGUUGAAGUGCAAUAUAAAUAUUGCUGAAAAAUAAAGCUUUUUUUUUCUGA